AGCCCGGCCGUUCCUGCCCGGCCGUUUAGGCCCGGCUCGGCCCGGGCUCUGCGGCACCGAGGGCUCCUGGCAGGGCGGGGCGGGCCGGGGGCAGCGGGAGCAGGCCUGGCUCAGUCCCUGGGGCUGCGCCUCUUCCCCGCGGAGCUCGGGGGUCCUUGAAGUCUGGGUGCAGACUGCGGCUACCAGCGCUCUUAGAAGUCAAGGAAUCGGGUUUGUUUAAGGUCUGCACUCAGUGACGCCAGAGAGGCAGAAACUGUUUGAGUGUCCUCAAACAGUGCAAAGAUGUGGAGCUCUCCUUCAGUGACGUGACAGGCAAGCCUGAAGUCUUCAAAGGCACUAAAAAAGGAAUGCUGUAUCUCACCCCUUACAGGAUGAUCUUUGUGUCCAAGGGCAAGGAUCCGAUGCUGUCCUUCAUGAUGCCGUUCUAUCUGGUGAAGGGGUGCUCCAUUGAGCAGCCUGUUUUCUCUGCCAAUUACAUCAAAGGACAGAUCCAGGCUGAGGCCGGAGGUGGCUGGGAAGGGCAGGGGACAUUUAAACUGACUUUCAACAGUGGAGGAGCCAUUGAGUUUGGACAGCUGAUGUUGAAAGCUGCUUCUAGUGCCUCCAGUGGCGUUCCUCUGCAGCAGCCUGGCUAUGGCUACACCCCCGUUCCCGGAGGAUACGCGCCUGCCCCCGGGGGCUACGCUGGCCCUCCGCCCCCCGGCGGAGCCUAUCCCUACGCACCGCCCCCCGUGGGUGCCUACGGACCUGCUCCUCAGCCCAUGGGCUACCCCUACGCCCAGGCUCCAGGUAUUUACCCACCACUUCCAAACAUGAACCCCAUGUACAUGCCACCCCCACCACCCUACUCUGGGGCACCCCCUGCAGGAUCCUCAGCCCCCACAGCUCCCCCAGCCUGGGUGAGCCCAGGAAUGCCAGGAGGCAGCAAGGCCAUGGAAGCAGCUUCCAGUGCAUAUUACAACCCUGCCAACCCCCACAAUGUGUACAUGCCCAUGGAUCAGCCACCUCCUUAUGCACCUCCUGAGGAUAAGAAGAACAACUAGCAGAAGGAAAUUGCAGCCAGCCUCCCACCUUCUCUCUCCCUGAAGACAACUUGGCUGUUAGUACCCCUCAAGUUAGCAUAUCUCUAGAUCUCUGUUUCUCUACAAUAGAUACAGUGCUGGGCAGCUGAGCACCUGCCCUCAUUAAACACUGAGUCAGUGGCAAUACAAGGCAGGACAACAGCACUUUCCUACUUACUUGCUUUAUCUCAUGGGGUCGAAGGACUAACCUUGUGCCCUGCCGUUGGCUUGGAGAGAGAGAUGGACUUACUAAAUUGUAUCACAUGACUAAUCUAGGACUAAAAUGUGAAGGCUCUGGGAUCUUGUUGGAGUGAAACAACUUGGAAUGCUAAACUUUUGACUUCUGAAGCACCAUCCAGGAGGAAAGGUGUGGAGAGCUAUGAGGUUCCCUGCACAGAUCCUCUGGUGCCCUAGAAAGGUGUUAAAUGUCCUUAAAUUCUAGGGCAGUUCAGUUUGAGAUGGGACUUUGGAAAUCCUAUAUUGUUUUGGAAGUGUGUGGCAUUCUGAACUAACAGUUGAGGGGUCAUGACCUUGGGAAGUGCAUUCGAAGAGAUGCUGAAGCAUUUGGCUACGAAAGAGGGAAGGGGAUGGGUCCCUGUCUUUGUAGCCGUUGAACAGAGAAGCAAACAAAGGUGUGCCUCAGGGCAGUGAGCUCACAGACUGGCAGGCCUGGGGAUCAGUCUGUCCCACAUCUGUGCAGUGAUCCUGUGUCAAGCAGCCAUGCCUCGAGCAUAAUGGAGUCUGCACAGGAGACUGCCUGUCUUGGAGCAAAAUAUGUGACAUUAGGCAGAUGACCUGGCAGUAGCCUUGUCAGGAGACAAGUCCUGCAGCCCUGGCUCCCUCUGCUGAGCAAAUCUGUGCUGUGUGCUACCUCCACAGGGGAAAACUGGCCUUCAUCUUUUCCUUCAGCUGCUGGAGCCAGGCUGUGCGUGGGCAGGUGGGCACUGUAAUGCCAGAGCUGGUUGCUUACAGGUGCAGUGCCCUUGGCUGGGAACUGCUGUCUGGGUGGGAGUUACUAGUGCUUGGCUCUCUUGCAGGGACUCUGGCUGCUCAGCCACAAGCUUUCCUUUUUCCUUAGGACAUAGUGCUAUUAAACCUGCUCUGAAGAGCCUCUAGUCUGGUGGAGACCCUUGUGGUUCUUUACAUAUAGGGUGACUGUACUUCUUCCCUACAGCCUCCCUGCCUUCACAAGGAGGGGGAAGGAGUGUUUUCCCUCUUACUUCCCUGUAUGCCAGGGCUCUCCUGCAAGUCAGGUUUGCACAACUUAAAAGUAUGAAUUCCUAAAGCAGUUCCACAUGGGGGGAAGUAAAUUUCCUCAUCUAUAAACACUUUUUCUGACUUAGAGAUAUUCUAACAACUCUGUAUUUUAAAAAAAAAUCAACCUUGAAUGUUUGUUACUUUUUGAAUUGCACUUUAAUACAGGAGUGUUGAUACUUUA